AUGGAUCCCAUCACCGCCCUAACGAGUGCCGUCGAACUUUUCGGCGUUGCCCGUCAGAUUCAAAGCCUUGUGGAAAAGUACAAGAAUGCACCCAAGGCUGUGCACGAGAUCAUCGUCGAGUGCAACUUGACGAAAGAUGUGUGCCUCAAUUUGCAGAAACAAGUCUCACAGACUGAUAUCCUCAAAAACCCGGUCAAAAACAGUACCGAGGAUGGUUUGCGGAAGAUGCUUGAUACAUGCAUGGACAAAUUGAAGAAGACACUCAAAGAUUUGGAACACGAAGUCAGCAAGGUGCAGAGCAAAAGUGACUCGCGCAUGGGAAAGUGGGACAAGACGAAGUUCUUAUGGAGGGAGGAGAUCUUUUCAGAUGCUGCGCAAAGUAUCCAAGAUCAGAAAGCCCGCCUUGGUAUUGUUAUCCAGCUUCUGCAAGUGCGUACUGGUCAAGAAGUAAAGGAGGGCGUCCAUAAUGUACAGAAGGGUGUCGACACUCUCCGAGAGGAGGUUAGAGAGAUAUUGACCGAAUUUCUCAAAAGGCAAAACCCCCCUCAACUGGGUUUACAACCACCAUCGGAGUUGAAGAAGAGUAGAUCAGAUACUCAGAUCAACACAACAGGCAAGCGAUUUGCUGACGACCUCUUUGCCGCUGUACGAGGCGGGCGGCUUGAGGACCUUGAGCCCAUUUUGGCCCAAGGCGCCUCUGUAAACAUGGCCCUAGGAGACCGUGGUGACCGGGCCAUACAUGUUGCCGCUCGCGAGGGAUUUCUGCUCGUCCUGGACCGGCUUAUUGCUUCCGGAGCAGACGUCAAUGUCCAGAAUGCGCUGCAGGAUACAGCAUUGCACCAGGCGCUCAAUCGAGGACAGAUUCCCACUUCGUUGGCGCUAUUGUCGAGCGGGGCCAGUUGGAAGAUCAGGAAUGCCAACGGGACCACGCCGCUACACACAGCCGUGAGGAGUUCUGCAUAUCUUGUUGUGCAAUAUUUGCUCGAUAAGGGGGCAGACGCAAAUGCUCGAGACAGAUGGGGUCACACUCCCCUUUAUAAGGCAUGCAUUCCCCCGGAGAAGGAUAAGAAAAAUGACUUUGUCAUCAACCUGAAAAUCAUUCGGUUACUCGUCGAGCGAGGAGCAGAUCCGACGCUUGGGGGUUGGAAAACCGGCAGAACUCCGAUUCACGGGCUUGCGUCGAGUGGGCACGCAAAGGAGCUCGAGAUCUUGGCCAAGGAGGCCAAGACUCUCGAACUACCGCUGACAGGAGACUCUCAGGGUGAAACGCCGCUCCUCGUUGCAGUCAAGAACAAACACCCAGGCGCCGUAGAUGUUCUGCUCAAACGUGGAGCCAACGUGAACGCGAGAGAGACUUCAAAAGACGGUACGGCGCCGACUGCCCUAUGGUACGCCGCUUACAACCCAGACCUAAGCAUCGCGGCCAAGCUUCUUGAAACUGGCGCAGAUCCGCGUGCAAAGAGCAAUGGCAUAACUCUUCUCCAUCUUGCAGCGACGAAGCAUUGGCUUGAGCUGGCUAAGCUGCUGGUCAAACACAAAGCCGAUCUGGAUGCCAAAUCAUCUAGUAACGAUACACCUCUCCAUGCGGCUGUAUGGGUCAAGGAUUUCCCGAUAGUUCGGUUUAUGCUAGAGAACGGGGCCAAAGUAGAGGCGAAGGGGUACCGCACAGCGACUCCGAUCAUGGCAGCAGCCGAGACCGGCUCGCUGCCAAUGAUUAGGCUCCUGCUUAAGCACGGAGCUCAGUGGUCUUACAUGACGCCUCAAGGCUCAAACGCGUUUAUUUGGUCAUCGUCCGGCGGAAGCGUCGUGUGCGUGAGCUUCUUCCUCGGCUGUGGCCAAGAUCUGCAUCACAGGGCCGAGGGGGAUUAUACUGCGCUACACUAUGCGGCGAGGACAGGCAAAAUGGAGUGCGUCAAGUUGCUUCUAGAGCUGGGCAUCGAUAAGCAGGUCAUGCCGACGAAGAUGAGGGCACCCUUCAAGGUCAGGGGGACGGCAGCUGAGGUUGCGAGGGCGCAUGGGGCCGUUGAAGUAGCGGAGUUCAUUGAGAGGACAGACACGCCCAGCUUCCUUUCCAUUCAGAAAAGAGGAACACGGCCACCCGGUGUUUUGAGAGCGCGUGCCACUAUCGACACUGGCAUACGCAUCAGAGUCUUCGCCCUGGAAUAUUUCAACCAGCAGCAAGAGAUUGAUGACGCGCAUCUCCUGGCGACAAUGCUGGUGUACAUGACCGUCGGUCGUGACAUUAUCACCGCCCUCAUCGUGGUCUUGGCUCUCCGUUCCGUCAUCGUCGGAGGCACAACGACCUUGACGCUUCGCUACUUCAUGAUACUCUUUGCUCGCCACAUCAUCAUCUAUGCGACCGAGAUUCCCUACAUCAUCCACAAGAAGAGGUGGACCAGCUUCUGCCGCCGGUAUCAACUACCACGCAACGUCGCAAGAUUCGGCACCUUCUCCUACCUCUGUAUGCAGUUCAGCCUAUUUGCCGUCGAGGCCCACCUGUUUCGGCUUUGGCGACAGCAUCGGCUCGAUGGGGGCGCGAACGUACAGAGCACCGGUGUGGCGUUGGCGGCUAUCAUCACUUCUAUCACCGCCUAUACGGUACGCCAGGCGUACAUCAAGGUGCUCUUCCACUGGGAGCUCAUGCGUAGCAGCCGUCGGGCCGUCAACUGA